AUGGUUGAUAUUUUACCCAAUUCGUUUUCAGUCCAUGGCGACCAAGAACUCGAACCUCCGGCCGAAUCACCGGAAAUCGAGAAACUGGGUGUGGAUGACAUGUUACAGAAGUAUUGCGGCGAGUUCGGGUCCUGGCAAUUGAGGCACUUCUUGUUGACAUGCUUGGCUUGGGCUCUCGAGUCCAUUCACACCACCGUCAUGAUCUUCGCCGACCGCCAACCGGGCUGGCGGUGCUUGGACGGUGGCUCUGGGCGGGGUUGCUCGCCCGACGCCCAUAGUGUCUGUGACCUUAGGCCUGGCUCAUGGGAGUGGAUCCAUGGUAAGGGAAGCUCGACGGUGGCUGAGUGGGGCUUGGUCUGUGGUGAGAGAUAUAAAGUUGGGUUGGUUCAGUCUCUGUUUUUCGUAGGCUGCAUGAUCGGUGCUGGAGUAUUUGGCCAUCUCUCGGACUCCAAACUGGGAAGGAGAGGGUCACUAGCAGUCAUUUGCUUCUUAAACGCUGUCUUUGGCAAUUUAACCGCAUUAUCUCCACACUACUGGACAUAUGUCUUGUUCCGAAUUCUCACCGGCUUCAGCACCGGCGGCGUCGGCGUCUGUGCUUUCGUUCUCGCCACCGAACCCAUCGGCCCCAACAAGCGCACCGUCGCCGGAAUGUCCACUUUCUACUUCUACUCCGCCGGUAUCGCCAUUCUUUCAGGUAUAGCUUACAUUUUCCCAUCAUGGCGUGCUCUGUAUAUCGCUUCUUCCGUCCCCUCUAUCCUCUUCAUUUUGAUCCUUCCUUUCAUCAAUGAGUCUCCCCGGUGGUACCUAGUCCGAGGGAAGACCAAACAAGCCAUGAAAAUCAUGCAACAAAUUGCCAAAUCAAACAGAAAACACCUUCCCGGCAGUGUCCUUCUUGUCCUGGACGAAGAAGUUGAUGCCAAUAUGACUCCAAAUGAAGCUGAAGGGGAACCAAGAAAACCCAUCACCGGUUCUGUCAUAGAUAUUCUCCGGUCCCCGGUGGCACGUUUCCGGCUAUUUCUAACGAUGACCAUUUAUUUCACAGUCACAGUUGUGUACUAUGGCCUUACUUUAAACGUCGUCAAUCUCAAAACCAACCUCUAUCUCAACGUCUUCUUGAAUGCAAUAUCAGAAAUGCCGGCAUUUAUAUUAACGAUAGUUUUACUCGAUAAAUUUGGUCGGAAGCGAUUAGCGAUUGGGACACAGUUCUUCAGUGGGCUGGAGCUUAUUGAAGAGCCAUGGAGAGUGGAAAGUGGUGAGGAUGCGCAGGCAUUGCAUAUGGGUGCGAUAGUGGCACCGUUUGUGGUGGUUCUCGGUGGUCGAGUGGCAUUUGCGGUGUUUGGGGCAUGUGGUAUUUUGGGUGGUGCUCUGGCGGUUUACCUGCCGGAGACUUUAAACCGACCGUUGUUUGAUACUUUGGCUGCAAUGGAGAGGGGAGAAAGUGUAUAG